CAGUCCACAAGAAUGCUAACUCAGAAUGGAAAUGCAGGAACUGCAAUGUUGUUAAUGUUUGACCAGCAAGCCACGGUGCUAAGUACAAAAAUUUGUUUGUUCUUGUCCUGGAAAGUUGCACUGAAAAGCUUUUCAGAAUUAUAUCACUAAGUGCAGCUUAUUUUUCUACUUCUCUGAGUUUUGGAACAGGAUAGGGUGUAAAUGGACUUGUCUACUCUGAGUUUUACAUUGGUAACACCAAUGCGUCUGUAAGCAAUAGCAACCAGUGGGAGUGCCAGUGCAAUUAAUGCGCCAGUGAUUUUAUUUCUGGAUCACAUAGUUCUGCCUUGGGUAUGGUUAGAAAAUGCAUGUGCCACCCACUGACAUUGCUAAUGGGAGGUACCUAAGUGCAGACGGCAGAGGUUGGAGAUUCGCUUGCUUGUGAUUGAACAUGGCAGGGGACGUGAAAAGAUUCACACGCAUGCUACUGGAAUGCAACAGCAAUGACAAGCUCUGUGUUGUGCGUGAAUAUCAGACCGAAGUGAUUGUUGUCCCAGCUCUCCUUGUGGGUUUUUUUGUCAUCCUGCUAACCGUGAUCCUUUGGCUCCAUUGUCGAGGCUUGCGAACAAAGCAGGAGGAAUCAUCACCAUCUGGACAACAAGUGAAUGACAGGAACCAGCAGGAAUCUAGCUCACCAGAGAACCACUAUAUACAGUUGAGUGAAACAUCUGUGGAGAGCCUGCUAAGUUCUGCAUCCCUGACUCUGAAAGAACUGGAGAUACCACGAGAGAAACUCUUACCAGGCACCUUCCAGGUGAUAAAACAUGGCCGCUAUGGGAGCAUCUACAGAGCAGAAUUGGAAACUGGAAACCCUGGGAAGACUACGACUGUCAUAUUGAAAGCCUUACAAGAUCUGGCUGGUCCCCAGGAAGUAAAGGAUUUCCUGGGAAGGAUUAAAUUCCAUCAAAAUCUUGGCCAUCAUGAGAACCUGGCUGAAUUGGUUGGAUGCUGUGUAGACCGGUUCCCACUUUAUAUGAUCAUGGAAGACGUAUCUCUUGGUGACCUGCUGACAUUUCUAUGGACAUGUCGGAAGGAUGUAAUGACAAUGAAUGGUAUCCCCUAUGACCUCACUGAGAGGCAAGUAUAUGAAGUCGGACAGCAAGUUGCAGCAGCUCUGGCAUACCUUGAACAGAAGAAAUUGUUCCAUGGUGACAUUGCUGCCAGGAAUGUCCUCCUUCAGAACAGCUUCACUGCCAAGCUGUGUGGUUUGGGGCUGGCCUAUGAAGCUCAUGCAUAUGGUGCCAGCUCAGUCACAGGGAUGGUACCAGUAAAGUGGCAGGCACCAGAGCGGCUCCUGAAGAAACCCCCUAGCAUUAAGGCAGACAUCUGGUCUUUUGGAAUUCUGCUGUAUGAAAUGAUUACAUUAGGUGCUCCACCAUAUCCUGAGGUACCACCUUCUGACAUCUUGCCAUACCUGCAGAGACGGAACAUUAUGAAACAGCCUUCAAGCUGCCAGCAAGCCAUGUACAACAUCAUGAAGUCCUGCUGGCAGUGGAAUGCAACUGACAGACCUUCUCCUGCGGACCUGAUCCAGUUGCUACAGAAAGCUGUAAAGACCAGCAAUGACCAUGCAGUACUGCAGGUGCCUGAGCUAGUGGUGCCAGAACUCUAUGCUAGUGUUGCUGGUGUUGCAGUAGACAGCCUAGUGAGUGAAUACACUGUACUCUGAAGGACCCUUUCCCAUAUUGGUAAAGGAGUCAUCUCUGAAUUUGCCCUUUCUAGACAGUUUGCAAGCUCAGAAUGAGGUGUGUAUGUUGUGAGGGAUCUCUUUUUUUUCAGUCACAUGAUACAUUUCAGAUCUCUCCUCCAUACCUGAAACAAUGAACUACUACUAGUAGUAAUAUUAAAUCACCUCGUUGAUACCUCUGUGAUAGUGGUCAUUUGGAAGCAAAGUGGGUCUAGGAAGCUGUAGCAAAUGGAAUGACAAAUUUCAGUUGAAGGAUAUUUUGGGAAAUAUAUCCUCUGUUGCUGUCCCAUAAAACUGCAUCAUUUAGAAUAUGUUUCUGAGUUGUAUUCAGAAGAGGAGGUGUCCUGGGAAAUAGGGUAUGGGGCGCAAUCCUAUUAGAAAAAGUGAACUGAGUAGGUAACAUAAAUGGGUGGUUUUCUGUCCAUUACUUACACAUUCUCCAAGGACCUAUUCAAGUUAGUUGCAUUCUUGCCUGUUAAGUGUUCAAUAAAUGUCUCAUAAAUGCAUAAUGUUAAGUGUCCAAUGAAUUGAUAAUUUCAGAACAAACUGAAGACUUGCAGCAUCCUACAAAGCCAAAACUAGGUUUGUUAGCCACAUAGGAUGCACGUCUAGAAGAAAAAAAAAUGAAGAAAAAAGGUUAUGUGAAUAAAAGCUAAUCAAUGGCUCUUCUGAAGGGGAGUAUUCAUCCUGCAGGAAAUAUUCAACCAUCAGUAGUACAUCAGUAUGGGGGUGGUUAUAUACUAAGAAUAUAUAGCUGUACAAAAGAGCUUAGGUUCUUUUUUUUCCAUCAAAAUUUAUUAAUCCUCCCAAGAAAAUGUAAUUGAAGUUUUCUCCUCUAAAUGUAAAAUAACAUCAGUAAAAUGUGUUUGUUUGCUUGUUUUUUCCCUGUAUGGUGUAGGCUUUUAACAAAACUGUUUACUUCCAGAAAUAAAGGUAAAUUUGUUUU